AAGCACCAUACUUAUUUUCUAAAAACAUACCGAGACCGGAUGAUUACAAAAAGUCACGUAUUGCACGUCCUUGCACGUGUGUAAAAAUGACAUCAACAUGAAUAUUUCCGUUAUUGUUUGACAGAGAGUGAAGAGAACAACAUGGUGUACGUGAUGAGGCUCAUGCUGCUGUGUUUUUGCUUCGUGUGUUUGCAAGAUAAAGUCCUGCUCGACGCACAGAAACACAACAAAAGUGGGGCGUUGCACCGGUGUUUUUGCGAGCUGGAUGGCCAAGUGGAUGAUUGCAAUUGUAAAGUGGAAUCAGUCGCCGACUUCAAUAACCUCAAAAUCUACGAGAGACUGCGAACCCUCCUGACCCGAAACUUCUUCAAAUUCUUCAAGGUGAACCUUGACAAGACGUGUCCCUUCUGGCCCGACGAUGGGUCCUGUGCUCUAGAGAGCUGUGCUGUCUGCCCGUGCCCAGAUGACCAAGUACCCUGUGGUCUGAAAGACAAAGAAGAAAUAUCUCAUGGAAAAGAAAAGUACUUAAAGGAGCCGGAAGCAGGGGGGAAUGCUGAUGGGUCAUGUGACUCGCGGAGCGAUGAGGAAAUCCGUCUGAGUGCCCUAGACACCACCAUCAGCAAGGAGAGCGAGGCUGCCUUCAAGACGUGGAUGGAGCACGACGACAACUCUGCAGAUUUCUGUGAGCUAGAUGAUGAACAGUCGGUUGGCAUGCAGUACGUAGACAUGACCCUAAACCCAGAGAGAUAUACUGGCUACAAAGGGGAGUCAGCCUGGCGGAUCUGGAACAGCAUUUACAAUGAGAACUGUUUCAAACCCGACCAACCUGCCAACUCGGAGGGGUACAAGUCGCUGCUCACAGACAAGUCUGUCCGAGAAAUGUGUCUGGAAAAGAGGGUGUUUUAUCGGCUUGUAUCAGGUCUCCAUAGCAGUAUCAACAUACAUCUCUGUGCUAAUUAUCUCUUAUCUGGUGGACUAUUUGGGGUGGAAACCUGGGGGCUCAACGUGAAUGAGUUCAAGAAGAGAUUUGACCCCGAGACCACAGACGGAGAGGGCCCGAUACGACUAAAGAAUCUGUACUUCACCUAUCUUGUGGUACUGCGAGCUAUCGCAAAGGCUGCCCCGUUGUUUGAACAAGAGACGUUUUAUACUGGUGAAGAUAAAGAAGAUGAACGGUUACAAGAUGAUGUCAUAGAUGUCCUGCACACUAUUAAACAGUUCUCCAAUCACUUCAAUGAGAGUACUAUGUUUCAGGGAGACAAGCUGCAGGCCAAGAGGUUGAAGGACGAAUUUCGGAAUCACUUCUUGAAUAUCUCACGCAUCAUGGACUGCGUCGGCUGUGACAAGUGCAAACUGUGGGGCAAACUGCAAAUCCAAGGAUUAGGAACUGCUCUGAAGAUUCUCUUUUCAAGUCCGGAAAGUCUCAGCUUGCGUCGUCAGGAAAUUGUGGCCCUAUUUAAUGGAUUCGGCAGACUCUCAAGCAGCAUUUACGAGGUUCGAGAAUUCCAGGCAUUGCUCAGUGGAGACACAGCAGACAAGGAAAAGAUGCCCUCCUCAAAGUCUCCUUUCCUCUGAUGCAAACUUCUUUGAAAUACGUCACUGUGAAAUUCCUUAUAAAAAUGAACUGUUGCAAUGCGGGACAUAUUUUUUAACACCUAAGAGAGUCAUGGCACACAGGGCAAAGGGUACCAUACGUAACCUUUCCGCAUUACCAAUAUCACAUUCGCUUUUAACAAACCUAAAAGGUGACCGUUUUACUGUAAACAAAAAGUAUGAAAGCUUUUGUAAAAUGUUACAUCCCAACUGAAGCCACCAUCCCAACUAUAGUUGAGACUGACCGAACUAUAUAUUGGGGCUAUUCUAACUGUAGUUGGGACAGUCCCAACUAUAGUUAGGUCCAUUGCUAUAGUUGGGGUGUAACGCAAAACAUUAUUAAAGUCAGUCGGGUAUUUCCAUUGCGUGUGCCCACAUCAUCUUUGGCAUUUUCCUUUUUGGGAUUCGCAGUUUGCCUUAUGCAUGCAUUUUAUUAUUUUAUUAAUCAUUUCUUGCAAUGAAACCCACAGGAUUCCUUAAAAGCGCCCUAGGCACUGUAGCUCGCAAGCGUGAAGAAACCUGUAGAGAGGAGACAAUGAGAAGAAAUUACAGUUUUUAGAGGUGGG